GUUCCAUUGUUACCGUCGUCCGUCUUCGUUCUCUUCUCAAUAACUGCGAAUCAGAAGCUCAGCCUCUGGUCGGAGUACCGAAUCUCCGCUAGCUUCCCUCACCAAUCUGAGGACUUUCCGUCACCGCCCGCAUAGUUGGAUCGAAGGAUGGGUUUCGGCUUCACAGUCGGUGUUCUCGGAGUCCUAAUCCUCUUUCAUGCCGCUUAUUCUACCAUCCAGUACAGGGGAUUGCUCAAGAUCAUGGAGGAGGAGUUCUCUGGGCCUCCAAUUACUGUGGUUGGUGAAUUGGUGAUAGGGCUAGUAUUGUGCAUGUGGGCAGCUCUUACUGUGCCCGGAAAGUUCCUGUCGAUCCAUCCCGAUUCUGAAGAGAAUAGGAUAGUUUCCCUACCAGAAAACCUGGAUUUCAUGAUAUUCAAUCACCGCGGCAGAGUUUUUCCUUCUCAAGUAGAUUUGAAGCUGAAACAUUGAGCCUCACCUAUAGUUGUGUACAAAUCCCAAGGCUCAUAGAGGAUGGAAUUCUGCUUUUCUCCUGAAACGCAUUGGGUGAUGACGAACUCGAACUAGUCUGGACAUCUACGACUUCUGUAGUUCUUGAUGAUUCCAAGUGAUGUAUGAAUACUUGAUUUUUGAGGGUACCAAUGAGUUAUUCGCCUUAAUUUGUUUAAACAGUCUUCCAGCGAGAUAUAUUGGAUAAUGAAUUUUUAUGGAAGUUGAAAUUCUUCAUUUGAA